UAGGAAGUCUUGUUCACCAAGAUUUACUUGUACUUGGUCUCCAAGCUAAACUCUCUCAUUGUAUCACUAUAUAAGGAGUACAUUAUUCAUGGAAUAAGACACACCAAUUCCUCUCUUCUCUUCUCUUCUAUUCUUUACUCAAAACACGUUAUCAGCACGAAGCUCUAGCAAGACAAUAGUGAACAUGUCAAAGUUUACUAGUCUUGAAUUUGAAGUUCUUGAUAUCACUGGAAACAAUUACUUGGCUUGGGUAUUAGAUGCCGAAUUUUCCUUUAGUGCAAAGGGACUUGAAGCUACAAUCCUAGAAGGAAAUAAAGCUGAAAGCCAAAAUAAAGCAAAAGCUAUGAUACUCCUUCGUCAUCACCUCCAUUUAGAUUUCAAGAAUGAGUAUUUGACGGUGAAAGAUCCGCAAAUCCUUUGGAACAACUUAAAGGAAAGGUAUGACCACCAGAAAACUGUGAUUUUACCUAAAGCUCGGUAUGAAUGGACACAUCUGAGAUUAAAAGAUUUUAAGUCUGUAAGUGAGUACAACUCAGCCUUGUUCAAAAUUACCUCCAAGUUGGAGUUAUGUGGAGAGAAAAUCACGGAAGCUGAUAAGUUAGAGAAGACUUUCUCUACUUUUCAUGCAAAUAAUCUUGUCCUGCAGACACAAUACCGUGAAAAGGGAUUCCAGAAGUAUUCCCAACUUAUAUCUUGUCUCCUUGUGGCUGAGCAAAACAAUGAGCUUUUGAGGAAAAAUCAUGGACUACGUCCAACUGGUUCUGCUCCAUUCCCUGAAGUGAAUGUGACUGAACAGAACAACACGGGCCGCAGAAAUGGCUAUACUCGUGGUCGCGGUCGUGGUCGUGGACAUGGUCGUGGAGAUACACGUGGACGUGGAUAUAGUCAAAUUCGAGUCCGAGGAGUUUCUUUUAAGAACUCUAACUCUCACCAGAAGUGGGAAAACAAGGAUGGUAACAAACAAGCAACUGAAUGCUACCGAUGUGGAAGUAAAGAUCAUUGGGCUCGUACGUGCCGUACACCAAAGCAUCUUGUUGACCUGUAUCAGAAAUCAGAGAAACAAAAGGGAAAGAAUGUGGAAACAAAUAUGGUGUACGAAGGUGGAGAGGGAGACUUUGAUAUGGUUGAUGCCACCCACCUUGACAUUUCCGAUUUUCUCAUUGACGAAGAGAAAAAGUGAUCAAGCAAUAACUAUUAAAGAGAUGCUUUGUUUUUAUUUAUUUAUGAGCUUUUAAUUAUUUGGCUUUUGAUUUUAUUUACUAUGGUGUUGUUUCUUUGCAUUAAUGAAUUUAAUAUAUUUUAUUAUUUUAUGAGAUUAUAAUUUAUUUUAUUUAUUUACUUGAAUAGAAAUGGAUGGUGGAGAUUUAUGCUUGGCAGACAGUGCAACUAGUCACACAAUUCUGAAAAAUAAGAAAUAUUUCUCUCAUUUGAUAAAUAGAGAAGCAAGUGUGA